CGAUUCUGUCUUGACGUCGUCCUCUGGGUGUGCCCUACAGCCGUCCCUCCCCAGGAGUGAGACAGCACCAGAAAUGUCAGCAAGCCCAUCCUCUGGAAGCAUCCCUGGAUAAGGAUCCCCACAAGACGCUGCUGGAAGAAAUAACAUACAUUAUGGAGUCAUGAGAGGAAGACGUUAUCUUCAUGAGCUGUCCCUGUCUCCCCCGUCCUAGCUGCCCCUCCUAUUCUUCUAUUUCUUCUCAUGAAAGCGCUUUGAAUAAAACCAAACCUGACUCCUCCUCUACAUCCCCACUAAACUCUUUCUCUAUGGCUCCCCAAGACUGCUCUUCUAAAUCAGAACUUACGUGCUCCUCUCAGUCACAGAACUUCCCCUCCCAACCUGAGUAUUCCCCCACUACAUCUUAUCGGAAUUCUUCUUUGAGAUCCCAAGGUGCUUGUUCCCCUAUACUACCUGAGAACUUCCCGUCCACACAUGACUAUGCCCAUUCCACAUUGAUUCCAACUUACAGUUCUAAAUCCCAGAUGGAGUAUUCCUCUUCAUCACUUUUGAAUGGCACCUCCACAUUGCUUACGUUCAGCCAGUCUUUGCCUCCAAUGAAUAAUUCUUCUAUAUCACAACCUGCCUCCUCAGUCUCUUCUAAGUCACCUGUAAACUGUUCGUGUCAAACCGAGAACUCAUCCAUGUGCCAAAAAACAUAUUCUUAUCCAUCACUUCAGACCUGCAAAUCCAUAUCUGAACAGACCAAAACUGACUGUUCCUUUAUGGCAGAAAUGAAUGGUGCCUGCACAUCCAGAACUGAUGACCCCUCUAUUUCUCAUCUGGAUUUCUCCUCUGCCUACAUUGUACCCAAAAAUGAAGACCCCGGUGACUUCUUACCUAUGCCUAAUGGCUCCAUAUUAUCUUUACAUGGCGGAUCUCCUACAAUGGCACUCAACUGCAAACCAGUAAACCAUCAUGACAAAACCACUCAGGAAGGCCAGGAUAAAGCCCUAUCUGAUGAAUGUUCUUUGGUUUCCUCCAUCUCCCCUGUCGAUAUUCCCUGUAUAUGCACUUGUGAAUUCACCAAUGACUUUCCUCAUGGGAUUUCUUCAUCUUGCCUUAGUGAUCAUGAAUGUCCAUACACUUUGCAGUCACAGAACUAUUUAAAUCUGUCAAACACCAUCACUCCCAUUAAUGGCACCACUUCCCCUCAAGUGAAUGCUACAAUCCAUCCAUCUAUUAAAUAUACUUCUACUGACCAUAAGAGCACAAACUUUAACCCUCUCACUCCGUGGUCUACCCAGUGCUUUCAGUCUCCACAAUUUUCUGAGACUGAUGUGGUUUCCACCAAUGAUGAGCAAUCUGUUGGCGAUUUACUUGUUAAUGGACAUUAUAUUAGUCAUUUGCCUUCCAAAUCCACUCGUAGCUGCUCUCUCUCCAACUCCAUUAGUUUUUCUCCUUCUUCUGGAACUCCUCCUGUCCCAGAAUCUACUUGUCCAAAUUCAGUAGACCAUGCUGUGUUCACCAAUGCUCAUGACAAACAGCCCAAUAUGCUCCUUAGUUGUUCUCAUGCCCCUCCUUUUGCAGCAAUACCCACGUAUGUUACAUUCCCCGAAGAAGAGAACCAGGUCCAGGAGUGUGAAGUAUGCAAGGCGUCACUGGAAAAUAAAGUUCGCAUGGAUCAGGACAGUCAACUAUGUGAACACUUCCUAGUCUGCCUCACUCGCUUCGAGGAUUGGCUACAGAUUGUCCAGAUAACCACAUCUCAAGGAAACCAAUACAAGACACUUCACCAAGAAGCUAAGCUGGCGAUGAGGAAGUAUGAGGUCUUGCUAACAGAAAUGCGGGAGAAAUUAUUAGACCUGGAGUCUCUAAACAGACAAUACUGGAGACUCGCGCAGACCCCUCAGCAGACGCUGCUUCCAAGUGUUCUCCGCAGUAGGAUGCAGGAGGUCAACAUGUUAUGGGACAAUGUACAAGGGGAGGCAGAGACAUUACACAGGAUAUUAAAGUCUAAAGUCCAGAAGAGGGAAGAAUUCGAAACUGACCAGGAUGAAAUGAAACUUUGCCUAACGGAGAUGGAUCUAGAAUUAUCCAAUGUAGAGUAUAUCUAUGGAGGCAACUCCUCGGAGAAGAUACAACAACUAAAGGCCUUCCAAGAGGAUGUUUGGAGCAACAUGAAGAGGGUGGAGGGUCUUCUAGAGCGAGGAGACCAGCUGAUAGAUAACAGUGAUCCUCGGGAUGCUGCAGACCUGGAGGUGGAGAUGACUGAACUCGGCUCAUACUGCCAACAGAUCUACAUUCGCCUCUCCCGCUUACAAAAGAGACUUGUGAGCAGCAAACUGGUAUUUGAGGAUGACUUCCUAGACAGUGCCAUAGAACAUUUGUCAUCUGGCUCUUCAGAUGUGUUUUUAGAUCUGAAUUUUGAAGAUGGAGAAGCUUCAAGCUCAGUUAAUGUUCCUUUAACCAAUGCAGCAUUGCCUAUUGACCUGGAGUGGGACCCAUUAGGUGAUGUUGGAAGGUCUAGUUCUCAUGAUGGACAAGAGUCUUUCUACACAGCCACCUCUGCACCAUGGAAGCUUCUCCAGAGGAGUGAUGGAUCUCAGAGCAGUCUCAGCUCAUACUCUGGUAUCACUUAUUCCAAUAUGAUAAGACAAGAAGUCAAGGAUACUGUGGAAAAUAUUCAUACCAACCAUUCUCCAUCUCGUGACACUUGUCAUUUAGAGUGGACUCAAGAGCAGAUGCAGAGCAGGAAAAGUACAUUGGUACCGCACAACUAUCCUCUACUUCGUGAGACAAGCAGAGACAUUAUCUCCUGUCCUGUCUCUCUUCCCAUAGAUGAGCCAGACGCUGAGCACAAGAUCAGCAGUCACUUCCCUUUUUCUGGAUACACCAGGACAACUUCUGAUCGUGAGAGUAUGUCUAAAGAACAGAUGAUUGACAACCGGUCACAACCUAACUGCUCCGGACAGACGAGACGUCAGAGAAAGAAGAAGCGAAUGAUACGGAAUCAGGAUGCAAAGCGCACUCUUAGGACUACAACGUCAGAUGUGUCAAUUCUUAUGGAGAACGGGGACGACCUGCACAAAACCUCCUACAGACCUUCAUGUUCCCUUUGCCUCUGGAUUAGGCGCCUGGCCUUUGUCUCGGUUUUACUCCUGGUUCUGGGUACCUCGCUUCUCUUUCCAUGGAGUCGCCAAACCUGCCAAUCAAACCGCUUCUCUUGGUCUCUGAUGCUCACCUAUGUGAAUGGACCUCCUCCAACGUAAAACAGGAUAAAGUUACACCUAUAGAAACAUUUUCUCUGCUAAAGAGCCAACAGAGUUUAUUCAAGAGUGGUUACCUACCCUGAUAGGGGUAAAAUGUUGGUAUAGGAGCUAUUCCUUUCCAUCCAGGUAUAUGUAUAUUAUAGUGUAUUUAGUGUAUUAUAGAUGCUUGUGGGUAGAUGUCGCUGUGAACCUCUCAGAAAGCAGAUGGGUCCAGAUGAAUGUGGUUAUAGAAGACUGAAAUAUUCAGAGCUAACAGCGUGUCUCUUCUUGAAGGACAAUACAAGAAUUUAGGUGCACUUCUGUGGUGGAUGUAGACAGUGAUAUAUGACUAACCCUCAACACUGCGGUUAAAAUUGAGACAUUAGUCAGUAUAUCCUUAUAUGAAGGACAUACCUGAGCCUGCACACCACGCCAAGGUUUCUCAAGUGGCAUGGGGCCAUAUGAGGGCUAAUUUUUUGUGCCAUGAUCUAUAGUUUUUAUCAGUACCACUUUUGUUUAGGUUUUACUUUUUAUAAAUUUUUUUAUACAUUUUUUUUUGGAAUAAAAUGUGACAAAAAAGCAGCAAUUUUGGACUUUUGGAUAAUUAACAAUAUAUUGUAAUAGUUCAGACUUUUACGCAUGUGGCGAUACCAAAUAUGUGUAUUAAUUUUUUUUAACACUUUUUUGGGGGUAAAAAAUGGGAAAAAUGGACGUUUUACUUUUUAAUUGGGGGAGGGGAUUUUUCUAAUUUUUUUAUUUUACAGUUUUUAACUUUUUUUUCUCCACUUUUUAUGUCCCCAUAGAGGACUAUUCAUAACAAUCAUUUGAUUGCUAAUAAUGUGCAGUGCUAUGUAUAGGACAUAGCACUGAUCAGUAUUAUCGGUGAUCUUCUGCUCUGGUCUGCUUGAUCUCAGACCAGAGCAGAAAACCCCCGGGAGACGGCCAGAGCCAGGUGAGGGGACCUCCGGCGGCCAUGCUGGAUGAUCGGAUCCCCGCGGCAGCGAUGCGGGCGAUCCGAUCAUCCAUUCAAAGUACCGCACUGCCGCAGAUGCCGUGAUCCGUAUUAAUCAUGGCAUCUGAGGGGUUAAUGGCGGACAUCUGCGCGAUCGCAGAUGUCCGCCAUUACUGGCAGGUCCCUGGCUGCUGAUAGCAGCCGGGACCUGCCGCGCAUGACGCGAUUACCGGUUCGGAUGCUUGCGACCAUGAAGGCGCGUAAAUGUACGUCAUGGUGCGUUAAGUACCAAGUCACCAUGACGUACAUUUACGUCCAUUGCCGUUAAGGGGUUAACAUCAGUGUUGAGGGAUAGCCAAUGUCAUUGUUCACAACUACCACAGUAGUGCACCCAUAUUACUGUAUUGUAUUGUUCUAAUUGUUACACAUCCACACCGUUUAUCUGGUGUAGGAUUCUAUUGUGGCACUUGUAGUCCGCUGCAGGCAUCCCCCAUUGUAUGCAUUUUUAUGCUGGGGAUCGCCCCUAGCAACGGACUACAAGGGCCGGAUCUGCUCCCCCAGUAUAUAUGCACAACUGUUGGUUGAGCACCUCCAGCCAUAUGAGACCACGUCUUUGUUGUUGUUUAAAUCUUCUUGAAGGACCCAACACAUCUGUAAAUUAGGAAAUAGCCCUUUAAUUUCUGUAGGCGCCUUGCAAAGCCUUACUUCUCCUUAGGGGGCACUGCAGACAAACUGAGCACUUGCUGUCAGGUUCUUUUUGAACAUUUCAGUAUAAAAUAUGGCGUCCCAGCAGCAGGGAACCCUAUGAUCCUCUUAUUUUUAGGGACGGGGCAGUGCGGGGGAGGGGAAGAACCUAUCAAACUAAAAGGGGUUGUGAAAUGUAUAUAACCACCUCAAAGGGCAUUUGCCGUGUUAUCAGGAGCACAUGACUACUGUCCAUUUUUCUGUGUGAUGGAGCUAGGCGAUCUCACUCAAAGUUUUAUGUAACCCUAAUUCGUUUCCGUUGAGAGGACACCUGUGCCCUACAGUCCAUUGAAGUUUAGGAAUAGGACCAGCUAAAUCCGGGAAUCGCUUGGGGUUGUGAAACUAUUGAGGGAGCGCAUGUGGCUUACCGUCCAUUGUAGUGUGAAAAUAGGACCAGUUAAAUCCCUGAAUCUUUGGGGGUUGGGAAAGCAAUAUGACUAAAGUAUUAUAAAAAAUGAUUAAAGGGGUAUUCCUGGAAAAAACUUUUUUUUACAUUUUUUUUUUACAUCAACUGGCUCCAGAAAGU